AUGGCAGAAUCAUCAGAACCAAAUCCUUUCCUUAUAUUCGCCACUGUUGCCACAAUCAUUGUCUCAUUUGUUGGGUAUUAUUUCCUUCAAUUAUCGAGAAAGAAUAAACCAGCAUUGAUUCCUGACCAAUUCCAGAAAUUCCCCUUGAUUGACAUCAAAAAGGUUUCACACAACUCAGCCAUUUAUAGAUUUGGAUUACCAAGACCUACUGAUACGUUGAAUUUGCCAAUUGGACAACACAUUUCCAUUGGUGCUAUUAUUGAUGGGAAAGAAAUUGUUAGAUCGUACACUCCAAUUUCCACUAGUGACCAAAAGGGUCAUUUCGAUUUGUUGAUUAAGACAUACGAGAAUGGUAAUAUUUCCAAACACGUUGCAUCAAAGAAGGUUGGUGAUUAUGUUGAAAUCAGAGGACCAAAGGGGUUCUUUACCCAUACUCCAAAUAUGAAAAAGUCAUUUGGUAUGAUUGCUGGUGGUACUGGUAUUGCACCAAUGUACCAAAUCAUUACUGCCAUUUUGAAUAACCCUGAAGACAACAUCAAGAUUUCCUUAAUCUACGCCAAUGUCACUGAAAAUGAUAUUUUGUUGAGAAAAGAAUUGGAAGAGUAUGCUGCUAAACACCCAGAUAGAUUAAAGAUUCACUACGUUUUGAACGAAGCCCCAGCUGAUUGGGAUCACUCUACUGGUUUUGUUACCCCAGAGUUGAUUGACAAACACUUGCCAAAGGCUUCUGAUGAAACGACCUUGUUGUUGUGUGGACCUCCACCGAUGAUUAGUGCUAUGAGAAAGGCUGCUGUCUCAUUAGGAUACGAAAAGCCAAAGCCAGUAUCCAAAUUGGGAGAUCAGGUGUUUGUGUUUUAA